AUGCAGACGACCAAGUCUUCAACCUUCUCAGUAGAAUCGCUUAUAUCCAAGGAGAGCUUCGAGCCAAGAGUGGACGCUCACAGCUGCAUAGCGCUGCCGAGAUGCUCGCUAGGACCCGAAAGGACACGAACCUCGCCCAGUUUUACAAACUCCAUAACCAUUCCUCGGCCUCUGGCGCUGGAAGGCGUUUCUGCGGGCCACACGAGCGCAUUUUCACAAACUUCUCAAUCUCCUCUUUCCAGUGGAAGAACAUUUGCAAUCCCGCCGCGUGCUUCAGAGCAUCAUCAAGGUAUUUUACUAAUUUUCAGUGUCAAGCCAUAUGUAAAUUCGUAUUGAUUCCUAGUCUUUUACAGAUUGAGCGAAAAAAUAAGCCUAAAAAAACUAACUUUUCUAAAUAUUCAAUCACAGCCUUUAACAUUUUGAACCUUGCUGUUGUCUUCCUCUCAGAAUUUUGAACAACUUUUUAAUUUUUUCCACGGAAAAUUAGUUGUUAACUGGAUUACACUACGUAAUUUUCUUGUUUGCUUGCGCAACCUCCCAAACGAACUUAAGACAACUUCGAUUCCGAAACAAUUUAAAUGUGGCGGGCCUCUAAAUAUUCUUCUAGAAAAAUAAAGACAUCUUUGUCUACAGAUGUGGGAAGCCGCAUGUUUUUAAACACAGGUCAUACAGGAACUCGUAAAAGAGCCUUCCUGCCGUAACCCACCGCUUUCUGAAUUGAAAGAAAAAUAUAUCAGAGGAAAGGAAGUGUUUAGGAAAUAUUGUACAAAUAUUUCGUCUUGAAAAAUCGUGAUUCUUUCACAAGGAACUAAAUAAGACAGCAUUAGAUAAGGAAUCUGCAUCCAACGUAACAACUUUUUUAUGCUAUUUUCUUGCUCGCAUUAAAUGACUUCGCCCUGAGUGAUUAAAAAGAAUACCAAGGCCAUCUAUGUAAAAUCUUGUCGGUAUUUCAGUAAGUUUCUCAUAAAGCGCGGGAAGCAAAAUUCAUGCAUGAGAACUACAGCUAUAUCGAGUAGUUCCAUUUUUGCGGUUGUCAAUUAUUUUUGAUUUUGGUUUAAGAGUCUACAGUUACGCAGAAUCAAUAUUGAGAUCUACGUUCUUCUUUGAUAAUAAAUUAUCAUUAAUACUUCAGGGUUUUAUAGACGAAACACUAAAUUACAUCUUGUCCCUCCUUAAGUAACAACUUUUUAAAAUUUAGAAUAGAAAUUUCUAAUUUUGGAAAAGAAACAAUAAAACAAAAAGGAGAAGCAUUUAGAAACUCCCCCAGUUAUAACUUUCCUUUAGUAAGAGUAAAGCGAUGUUUUCAUAUGUAAGAUAGUGAAUAGGAAAAGCGUUAAAUUUCUUAUUUUUCUCGGCAAUGAAAGAGCACUGAAUUUUAGAUAUUAGUAUUAACUGAGAGGAAAUUAUUUGCAGCUUGAUGAAAGGCGGUCAAACCGCGAGUCGAGAGCUUUUACUACACUCUUUUCUUUUUAUAAGAAUGUUGUUUUUCCGGCCCAGGCUGAACAUUCUUAUUUUUCUGCCGAUUUUAAGGCUGAAAAUAUUCUUUUAUUAUUCUUAAAUUGUAGCCUCUUAACUGACUCUUCCGUUUUAGAAUGAACAAAGUUUAAUAAUAAAUUAUAGAAAAUUUAUAAUUUAUAACAAAUUGCAGUUAAUGGCAAUCUGACACGUUGUUUUUCUUUUUGGUGGCUAGUUCUGCCGUCAAGAGAAAGGAAUAAUUUCUCGGUUACGUUACAAACAUAUAAUUGUAUUGUAUUAACAGAUUUUCAACACACAAAAUUAUAUCCUUUUCAGCCUUGGGUUUAUUCUUAUCAUAUUCUUACGAUUUUGCAAAUUUCAGCCACGAUAUUCUUAUAAAAUAUAUUACCUAUCACAAGCAUCUUUUAGAAGACACUAUAAAAUAUAUUCUUAUAGGAAAAAAAAAAGAGUGUAUGCACCUACCAAACUGCCUUUGAACCAAAUCACCGAAUAACCAACCGAGGUCUUGCUCACUAAUUUCACAGUAGAGCUCCUAAUACGGGAAGUAAGCUCAACUUAUUGCAUUAGAGUUUAUAGACUAUGGUUCGAAAAGCGGAAGUUAAUUGUAAGUGUAAAUCUAUUAACAAGGAACUUGACAGUGUAAAUCAGCUAUGGGUGCGGUUCGGUUUACCCUAAAUCAAUNCUUUUAUUAUUCUUAAAUUGUAGCCUCUUAACUGACUCUUCCGUUUUAGAAUGAACAAAGUUUAAUAAUAAAUUAUAGAAAAUUUAUAAUUUAUAACAAAUUGCAGUUAAUGGCAAUCUGACACGUUGUUUUUCUUUUUGGUGGCUAGUUCUGCCGUCAAGAGAAAGGAAUAAUUUCUCGGUUACGUUACAAACAUAUAAUUGUAUUGUAUUAACAGAUUUUCAACACACAAAAUUAUAUCCUUUUCAGCCUUGGGUUUAUUCUUAUCAUAUUCUUACGAUUUUGCAAAUUUCAGCCACGAUAUUCUUAUAAAAUAUAUUACCUAUCACAAGCAUCUUUUAGAAGACACUAUAAAAUAUAUUCUUAUAGGAAAAAAAAAAGAGUGUAUGCACCUACCAAACUGCCUUUGAACCAAAUCACCGAAUAACCAACCGAGGUCUUGCUCACUAAUUUCACAGUAGAGCUCCUAAUACGGGAAGUAAGCUCAACUUAUUGCAUUAGAGUUUAUAGACUAUGGUUCGAAAAGCGGAAGUUAAUUGUAAGUGUAAAUCUAUUAACAAGGAACUUGACAGUGUAAAUCAGCUAUGGGUGCGGUUCGGUUUACCCUAAAUCAAUUAACCUACAUUUUGACUUUAAUUCUACUCUAGGUUAGACUUAAGCCUUUUUGCCCAUUAUACACAUGUAUCGAGGUAAUUUUUUUGGUAAUGUUUCGAAUCUUUUCUGAAGACUCGGUUUACAUUGUGCUUCAGUAGAAUACAAAUUCACAUGAAUAUAAAUUUGCAAUAAAAAUGUCUCGUAUUAAAUAAUAACUAACUUCAAGGUCAAAAAAGCUUUGCUGACGUUUGCAGUCUGUACACUUUUGCGCUCCUUGCAUGCAAAACUUAGCAUCAAGUCACAAUGAUCUCAUUUUGUACUUUAUCUUAACUGUACACUGCUCAAAUUUGUCCUGAUUUUACAAAGUAAACUUUAGGUAUAAAGCUAACCAACCAGUGUUUUCCCACUGAGGCAUUUUCCUUAUUUUCUUUCAUUCUAGUGUUUUCAACUGUUGGGUUGAAAGUAAACGUUUGAGAGAUCAAAUUUCUUAAUAAACAUUGGUAUAAAUGUCAGGUUAACAUGGUUGAAGGAUGAAAUUAACAAUUUCAACAGGCUUCAGUAUCCUUUUGAGUUAUAGAGUCAGGAACGUAUGACAUAUAGAGUCCAUUAAACUUCAUUCAAGGUAGUUUGUCAAAAGUUUUAGCACCGAAAUUCUUAAGAGAGGCUUUCUAAAACAUUUGUAGAGUGGACUUCUCUAUCUGAUGAUAUACUACAAAAGAGAAGACAAGUGAUGACGUCACAAAAACUAAAUUUGUGAAACUAUGGGAUAGGUUGGCAUAUCCAGAAGGAGCAAAAGGCCUCUGCUAACAGGGAACCAAAAAUCAGCCUGUUGGUGCAAAUUGGAUAUAAGCAUAAGCAACGUUAUGCUCGGAUGACUCCAUAUAAAUCCUUCCAAAUAGGCCGGCUGGAUCGAUCGUAAACGUUUCGAUCCAAGCCAAUUUCAGAAUUAGGAUUUGCAUGGAGUCCUCAGAAAAUAAAGGUACUUACCUGUCCCAAUUUGCACAUAAGGCUAAUUUAUGGCAAAAGGACGUUUUUCAUCUUGUUUUCUGAAUAUGCCAUCCAAUCCCAUAAUUUUCACAUUUCUCUUCUUUAUUUUAAUCGAUUUAACCUUUACUUUUUCUCUGUAUCUCUUUAGAUUCUCACCGCAAUGAUGACUCAACAAGAACUCGCCGCUACAGAACAGCAUUCACAAGAGAGCAAUUGAGCAGACUAGAGAAAGAAUUUCUCAGAGAAAACUAUGUCUCACGUACGCGCAGAAGUGAGCUGGCGUCAACCCUGAACUUGUCAGAAACAACCAUCAAAAUAUGGUUCCAAAACAGACGUAUGAAGUCAAAGAGACGGCGUAUGGCCCUAGGGCUGAAGCCUGUUCAAGCUUUUUGCCCCACUAGGCAUUUGCCUUCUGAAGGGCACCUCAAUUCGGGCCAUCUUUAUAAUGGCCUUCAUUAUGUACCCUGGUCGCCAUAUUCACCUGUCAGUGGUCCUUUGUGGUCUCAUGGAGUUCACUUUGUGCACUGUGAUCCGCAUUAUCACCCCUUUUCUGUGCCACCAUCCGGGAAUAAUGUGACGUCCAGCUACAGAACGCCAAGCACACAGGGAAACUGCUCUCAUAGCUGGAAAGGCAGUGAUUAG